AGGCAGGGGGAGUGUGCCCUUCCCAGGGCUGCCCCAGCAGGCCUGGCCCCACUGAAACCCGAAGCCAGCCCGAGCUCCAGCCCUGGGCUGACCAGCUGCAUGGGUGCGAGGAUAGUGGCAGAGGCCAGAAUGGGGGACUCAGGCAGUGCCGAGCCUGAACUGGAGAGCUGGCUACCUCGCUGCCAUGGUGGUCCCGAGACUCCAGAGCCCAGGAGGGAGCAGCCACCAACUGCACCAGAGCUGCCAUCAGUCAUGCUGCUGAAUGGGGACUGUCCAGAGAGCCUAAAGAAGGAAGAAAGGGCUACUGAGCCACCCCGGGAAAAUGGGCUGGACGAGUCCGAGCCGGGAGAGGAGACAACUGGACAGGAGGUCAUUGUCAUUCAGGACACAGGCUUUUCUGUGAAGAUCCUGGCACCUGGGAUUGAACCCUUCUCCUUACAGGUGUCCCCCCAGGAGAUGGUACAGGAGAUCCACCAGGUACUCAUGGACCGUGAAGACACAUGUCACCGCACCUGCUUCUCCCUGCACCUGGACGGCAACAUGCUGGACCACUUCUCAGAGCUGCGCAGUGUCGAGGGGCUGCAGGAGGGCUCGGUGCUCCGCGUGGUGGAAGAGCCGUACACGGUGCGUGAGGCCCGCAUCCACGUGCGCCAUGUCCGAGACCUGCUCAAAAGCCUGGACCCAUCUGACGCCUUCAACGGAGUUGACUGCAACUCCUUGUCCUUCCUGAGCGUCUUUACCGAUGGCGACCUGGGAGACAGCGGGAAGCGGAAGAAGGGCUUGGAGAUGGACCCCAUUGACUGCACACCCCCUGAGUACAUCCUUCCAGGGAGCCGCGAGCGGCCAUUGUGUCCCCUGCAGCCCCAGAACCGUGACUGGAAGCCCCUGCAAUGCCUGAAAGUGCUUACCAUGAGUGGCUGGAACCCACCCCCCGGGAACCGCAAGAUGCACGGGGACCUCAUGUACCUGUUUGUGAUCACAGCCGAGGACCGGCAAGUCAGCAUCACGGCAUCCACGCGGGGCUUUUACCUGAACCAGUCCACGGCCUAUCACUUCAAUCCCAAGCCCGCCAGUCCCCGCUUCCUCAGCCAUUCCCUGGUGGAGCUGCUCAACCAGAUCAGCCCGACCUUCAAAAAAAACUUUGCCGUGCUGCAGAAGAAAAGGGUCCAGCGCCACCCAUUCGAGAGGAUUGCCACCCCGUUCCAGGUGUACAGCUGGACAGCGCCCCAGGCAGAGCACGCGAUGGACUGCGUGCGUGCAGAGGACGCCUAUACCUCCAGGCUGGGCUACGAGGAGCACAUCCCUGGACAGACCCGGGACUGGAAUGAGGAGCUGCAGACGACAAGGGAACUGCCCCGCAAGAACCUGCCUGAGCGGUUGCUCCGAGAAAGAGCUAUAUUCAAGGUGCACAGCGACUUCACAGCUGCAGCCACUCGGGGCGCCAUGGCGGUCAUCGAUGGCAAUGUGAUGGCCAUCAACCCCAGCGAGGAGACCAAGAUGCAGAUGUUCAUCUGGAAUAACAUCUUCUUUAGCCUGGGCUUUGAUGUUCGUGACCACUACAAGGACUUUGGUGGGGAUGUGGCAGCCUAUGUGGCACCCACCAACGACCUGAACGGUGUGCGCACGUACAAUGCCGUGGACGUGGAGGGGCUGUACACGCUGGGGACGGUGGUGGUGGACUACCGGGGCUACCGGGUCACGGCCCAGUCCAUCAUCCCUGGCAUCCUGGAGCGGGACCAGGAGCAGAGUGUCAUCUACGGCUCCAUUGACUUCGGCAAGACAGUGAUGUCACACCCUCGGUACCUGGAGCUGCUGGAACGCACUAGUCGGCCGCUCAAGAUCCUGAGGCACCGCGUGCUCAACGACCGCGGCGAGGAGGUGGAGCUCUGCUCCUCCGUGGAGUGCAAGGGCAUCAUCGGCAACGACGGGCGCCACUACAUCCUCGACCUGCUGCGCACCUUCCCCCCUGACCUCAACUUCCUGCCCGUGCCUGGCGAGGUGCUGCCCGAGGAGUGCACGCGCGCCGGCUUCCCCCGGGCCCACCGGCACAAGCUCUGCUGCCUGCGCCAGGAGCUGGUGGACGCCUUCGUGGAGCACAGGUACCUGCUCUUCAUGAAGCUGGCCGCCCUGCAGUUGAUGCAGCAGAAAGCCAGCAAGAUGGAGAACCCCACCUCGCUGGAAAACGGCGACCCCCCCGCCUCAGAAUCGAAGCCCGAAGACCCCCCGGGGCCCGAGACAGGAAGCGAGGAGGAAGGUGGCAGUGCCGGCGGCCUCGCCAAGGUGAAGGAGCUAGCGGAGACCAUCGCCUCGGACGACGGGACAGCAGACCCUCGGAGCCGGGAGGUGAUCCGCAACGCGUGCAAGGCAGUCGGCUCCAUCAGCAGCACGGCCUUCGACGUCCGCUUCAACCCUGACAUCUUCUCUCCAGGGGUUCGCUUCCCCGAGUCCUGCCAGGAGGAAGUUCGGGACCAGAAGCAGCUGCUGAAAGACGCCGCUGCCUUCCUGCUCUCCUGCCAGAUCCCUGGCUUGGUGAAGGACUGCAUCGACCAUGCGGUGCUGCCCAUGGAUGGCGCCACUCUGGCCGAGGUGAUGCGCCAGCGUGGCAUCAACAUGCGCUACCUGGGCAAGGUGCUGGACUCAGUACUCCGGAGCCCGGCCCGGGAACAGCUGGACCACAUCUAUAAAAUUGGCAUUGGAGAGCUCAUCACCCGCUCUGCCAAGCAUAUCUUCAAGACCUACUUACAGGGCGUGGAGCUCUCGGGCCUCUCGGCUGCCAUCAGCCACUUUCUGAACUGCUUCCUGAGCUCCUACCCCAACCCCGUGGCGCACUUGCCUGCCGACGAGCUGAUCUCCAAGAAGAGGAACAGGAGGAGGAGAAACCGGCCCCCAGGGGCAGCAGAUAACACGGCCUGGGCUGUCAUGACCCCCCAGGAGCUCUGGAAGAACAUCUGCCAGGAGGCCAGGAACUACUUUGGCUUCAGCCUCGAGUGUGAGACCGUGGACCAGGCUGUGGAGACCUAUGGGCUGCAGAAGAUAACGCUGCUGCGGGAAAUCUCCCUGAAAACCGGGAUCCAGAUCCUGCUGAAGGAGUACAGCUUCGACAGCCGCCACAAACCCGCAUUCACCGAGGAAGACGUGCUCAAUAUCUUCCCCGUGGUCAAGCACGUCAACCCCAAGGCAUCGGACGCCUUCCACUUCUUCCAGAGUGGGCAGGCCAAAGUACAGCAGGGCUUCCUGAAGGAGGGCUGUGAGCUCAUCAAUGAGGCCCUGAACCUGUUUAACAACGUGUACGGAGCCAUGCACGUGGAGAUCUGUGCCUGCUUGCGCCUCCUUGCUCGUCUCCACUACAUUAUGGGUGACUACGCCGAGGCCCUGAGUAACCAGCAGAAGGCUGUGCUGAUGAGCGAGCGAGUGAUGGGCAUCGAGCACCCCAACACCAUCCAGGAAUAUAUGCACUUGGCCCUGUACUGCUUCGCCAGCAGCCAGCUGUCCACGGCCCUGAGCCUGCUGUACCGCGCCCGCUACCUCAUGCUGCUGGUGUUCGGGGAGGACCACCCCGAGAUGGCGCUGCUGGACAACAACAUUGGGCUGGUGCUGCACGGGGUGAUGGAGUACGACCUGGCACUGCGCUUCCUGGAGAGCGCGCUGGCUAUCAGCACCAAGUACCAUGGGCCCAAGUCCCUCAAGGUGGCCCUCAGCCACCACCUCGUCGCCCGGGUCUACGAGAGCAAAGCCGAGUUCCGGUCAGCCCUGCAGCACGAGAAGGAGGGCUACACCAUCUACAAGACCCAGCUGGGCGAGGACCACGAGAAGACCAAGGAGAGCUCCGAGUACCUCAAGUGCCUGACCCAGCAGGCUGUGGCCCUGCAGCGCACCAUGAACGAGAUCUACCGGAACGGCUCCAGCGCUAACAUCCCGCCCCUCAAGUUCACAGCCCCCAGCAUGGCCAGCGUCUUGGAACAGCUCAACGUCAUCAACGGCAUCCUGUUCAUUCCUCUCAGCCAAAAAGACUUGGAGAACCUGAAAGCCGAAGUGGCCCGGCGGCAGCAGCUCCAAGAGGCCGGCAAAAGCAGGGAGAAGGCCGACGAGCCCAUGGGCACUGAGCCUGAGCAGGCUGGGCUCCCAGAGGAUUCAGCCUCCCAGCCCCAGGCUGCCAAGGACCCUUCUUCCCCGGGCUUGCAGGGGUAGGAAGGGAGAGACAGACGGACAGUCAGCCAGCUGCCCCGUUACCCAGUGAUCCAGACUCCAGGAGAAGGGGGCGUGCCCUACAGACCGGGACUGGAAACCAGUCCCUCUUCUGCCAUGUUUCCAAGCCCCAUCCCACCCCAGCAUCCUGCUGGGACCCUGGCCUGGCCUGUCCCCCCAAAGAUGUUUUUGCACUGGUUCGAUGAAUAUACGAUGCAGAGGCCUAAUUGAAGACACGCGAAUGAAGUGUGUGGGCGUCCAUUCCCAGUUCGGGGGCAGGUGCCCCUCUGGCCUCCCAUCCACAAGCAGGUGUGCGAGCGUGUCCAUGCCGUGAGUGUCUCAAUCUGUCCUUCCUAACCUGUACAUAUAGCCCCAUGUCGGUUCUGAGUGGAUGACGUGAAGAUGAGAUUUCUCAGGUCAUUUGAAUGUUUGACAUUAUGGUUGCUGCUUUUGCUGCCUCUGUCCCUGGGCCCAACCUGGCUUAGAGUCCAGGCUUGAAGCCAAAAAGCGGGGAGCUUUCCUGUGUCCUGGGAGGGGGGUCAGAGCUCUGUGGCAGGGCUGGGGGCGGGGGUGCACUUUAGCUUUGUGGUGAGGUAACUGCUGCAGGGGCUUUCUUGGUCGUGACAGGCCUUGCCUUGCUGUGCUGGAGGGAGAAGGGAAAGGGUGGGCAGCGGUGGUUCCCUAGACCCUGUUCCCGGCCCCGGCCCUGGCCUGUCUGCCCAUGGGCCCCGUGGGCCCCGGUAGGAGGCCUGCCCCCCCCACUUCCUGCACCCCGCUGGGGACAACCUUAGGGGCUACCUUCUGAAUGUAUCCUUCUCCCCGUUUUAACCAGAGCUGCCUGAUGCACAGUGGGCCGGGGCGGGUGAGGGACGAGGGCAGCCGGGCUGGAUCAUGGAUCCCGAGGGGAUUUGACUAGAUGUAGAUAGGAGUGAUUGCCGCUUGUCUGUGGAGCCCAGCUCCCUACCUGGUCCUUGUCACACAAGCACCUCCUUCAGAGGGUAGCCCUGGGCAGGGGGCGGGGCCCCCGUGGCAGGGGCGGCUCCCACGAGCCCAGCUCCUCCCUCUCCCAUCCACCCCUGCGCUUCUCUGUGCCUGCUGUCGGAGCCCUGAUGGGGGGGAUCGAUCGCCACCCUGGUGAGCCCGAGGGGGCUGUCCGGGCCUGGGCCUCUGCCGGCGGCUUUGCGGGGGGCUGCUGAGGGGUACGCUCUGUCCAGAUUCCUUGUUUAAAAGGCAGUGGGUGUGAGCUAGCAAGCGAAGCCUCCCCGCCGCUGAUCAAGAACUUUUUCUUGUUUUUAAACCAUCACGUCUUCAUUUCACAUUGGAAUAAAGUGAGUUUUUGAAACCUGCUG